GCAUACGUUUUCCAGCCGGUGUUUUCAUAUAUUUACGCCCCUCCGCUGUUGUAUGGUGCUUUCCAUGCUUCAGAGACGACAAACGUAGCGUACAGGGGUGACAUGACUCUGACCAGAGGAUCUUUCAUCUAUGCCAGUGGGGAAGAAUACCACGGCGAGUGGAAAGAAGGUCGGAGGCAUGGUGUUGGCCAGCUCAACUUUCAGGAUGGAACAUGCUACACCGGCCAAUUUGAGAAUGGACUCUUCCAUGGCUUUGGUGUACUGUUCUUUACAGAUGGAUCCAGAUACGAAGGAGAAUUUGCACAUGGGAAGUUUCAAGGUACUGGAGUCUUCAGCCGAUAUGACGGCAUGAAGUUUGAAGGAGAAUUCAAAGAUGGACGUGUUGAGGGAUACGGGUUAUUGACUUUCCCAGAUGGAGCUCAUGGUGUCCCACGAAACGAGGGCUUGUUUCAAAACCACAAGCUGCAGAAGAGAGAGAAGUGUCCGGGAGUGGUGCAGCGUGCACAGGCUUCAGCCUCCAGCGCUCGCAGUCUGGCACUUUGACUGUCACAGACCCUGCUGGAGACACGGUCAGGGUUCCAGCACCUUCCAGGAGGACCUCAGGGAUGUGUACUCGUAUACUCCCCUCCAGCUCUUCUCUCUGUGUCUUUCUCUCUUUUUUUCAACAUCACUUUCAUUUUUUUUUCUUUUUUGGCAUCUUCCUUGCUUAGCCUUCACAGUGGCUUGGAAUGCACAUGCAAUUUGACCAAACAGGCUUUCUGUAUGACUGACUUGAAAUGCACAACACCAUGAAGCACACCUUUAACACCAAAGGCUGCUGGUUUUCCCUUGUUCUGAUUCUUGUACACAUAAACAGUGUCCUAGUGUUUUUCUCUAGAAUAGUUAGCUUUCAUACAUCAAACAACUGAAUAUGGGAACCUCUUCUUACCAUGUUAUUGCACAUCUGGUACAUAUUGUCCUGCAUUAGGAGGAGGUGUAAAGUAAGUCUGUAUGCUGAAGACUUUAGCCACUAAUGAGAUAAAUUCACCUUUAAAAAUGCUGCAAUCCAUUACAAUAGAGUGAUACUUAAAGGUACCAUGUGGAGGUUUUCACCAGUGGUAUUGCUAUGGAGAAAUGCUUUUUUUAAAGUGGGUCCCUGUUUUUUUUUUUAUUAUGCACAAGGCAUGUGGGAGACAUGAUUCUUGCAGAUGGUUUCACACUGCUGGACAGUUGGUGGUGCAUAAAGAAAUAAUCAAUGCGCCCACAAAGCCACUGAAGAAGUCUGCAAGCUAGCAAACAUAGAUCUUAACAAUGCAUAAAGUAAAAUAGUCAAAACAUUGGCUAUACAAAUAUUCCAUUAGGAUGGAAAUGCAUUGAACACAUCUUUCAGGCCUCAAAAAUAAACACAGUGAAUGUAAGCAUAAGUUUUGUUUGUUUCCAAAAACACUCCACAGGGCACCUUUAAAAUCUCAUCUCAAUUAACUGUGCUGCUGAAAACUUUAUCUUUCAAGGAAUGCAUUCACUGAUGUUUCUCCUUUCAGAGGAUCAGUAUUCACGUAUGCCUUAAAGACAUUUUGGUACAAGAAUGUAGUACAAGGGUGUCCGUCUGAAAAUUAGAUGAUGCACAGUGCCCUCUCCUUCCGUUCUCCUCUGCAUCAUUUGCCCUAAGGUGUCUGUCAUCCUAAUGAAUUUGAGGUCUGCCACAAGACCAACGUUGCUAAGCUGGUGCUGAGUUCCAGUUCCCAUCACUCACAAGUCCAGCAGCUCUCUUUCCAAUAAACAUCCGUCUCUCAGUGGAAAUCAAUGGAGAGGAGAUUUAACUCUGCUGGAUGAUUCUCUCAUGUUUUCCACUGUAUAACCUGAAAGACUUGGAUGACUGGACAUCCUCAAAGUUGAUAAUUAAUCCUAAUUAAAUGUAUUUGAAUUAGGUACGUAGAUCUUAAAUGAGGCAGCUGAAUGAAAGUUUAUAAAUCAUAUAUAUAUUUAACAAUAUGUAAUUCUCAUGUAUGUGUUUUUUCUGUAAGGUGUAUAGAUAUUCAUUGUCGUGUUUGUUCUGACCUUGCAAAUGAGUUCAGAGAUAAUUGCUUGCUUGGUCAAGUAGUAAAUUGUGUUACUGAGUUAUUUAAGACAGUGUGGUUGAGUAUUUUGAGGUGUAAAAAUGUAUUAACCAUUACAGCCAAUCACAGUUAUUCUGUGAUUACAUAUUAAUUCAGUGUACUUGAACAGUUAAUAGGCCUUACAAAGCAUUUGUAGACAUGGCAUGUCUAGGGUUGCCUACAUAGAACUUCAACCAAAGACAAUCAAAUGAUAUUAUUGGUAAGGAUGCCUGAAACAGUCAACAAGAGUUACAUGUGUUAUUUCUUACAGCUGAACAUUAAAGACAAAUCAAUAAGGACAAAUUCUCCUGGGGCUUUAGUGUGCAAGAAAAACAAAAGGACCGAAGAUUAAACAGGGAAUUGAUAUUAGGUUCUGUUGUAAAUAUAAAUUAUCUAGCCUGGAUUAUUGCAGUUACUGAUUUUCAUUGUUGUCAGAUUCUUUGAGGGGGAAAAAAAUCAAUAUUUAAUAUUGUGAGCCCAUAUUGUUUCUUGCUUUGAAUACCCCCUUUAGUACAGCAGUGUGCUGCAAAGUACAAUCAGAAAGAUUGAAGAUAACAGUAGACACACAAAAGCAGAGCAGUGCAUGCAUCAGUUACGCAAUCACACAAUCAUACUUUACUGUUUGUUAUGUGCAAAGUGUGUAAUGUCCUGUUUCAGAUCAUGUAAUACUAUUUUUCUCUUUCUGCUAUGAUGGAGACAACGCCCGCUCAAGCCUUAUUUGACUACACGCCCCCUGCCUGAGUGGAACUGAAUUCAGUAGAAUCCCAUAUCCAUUUCCAACUGGAAACAAAUGGUGCUUUAAAAGCGUGCCUGUCCAGACUUUUCACCUGCCUGGAGAAUAUCAUUGCCAUGGUUACCUUCUUUCUGUAACAAUAUAAUGUUGCUUUGAGUGCUCUUAAAGAAAUUUCUGCACAAUAUCCUCUCAUUUUCCUGGAAUAGGUAUCACAUAGGUGGUAAUCGGUUGAUGUGUUUAUUAAAGCCUU